UGCAGUUUUUUCUCAUGUUUUUCGUAGUACAGAAGUCGACGAUGGUUGUAACGAAACGGGUCUCGUUUCGAUGCGACCGCGGGAAGAUGAUGCAAAAUGCUCCUAAGAAGUGCAAUGCAUGCCUAUGCUCGACAUUCGCGUCACCUCGGUCCAACACCCUUUGCAACCCAAAUGGAGCAACCAGUUCAUCGUCACCGUCGGUAACCCCACACUCACGCUCAGCAUAUACACCUGCCUAGGCAAAGAGUGUGCGUGCUGCAGGCGAACUGAUGCUGCUAGUGUCUCUCUGAAUCUCCCGUCCCCACAGCAGCUCCGUCUGCCCCGCGAUGCGAGCUGCAUGUCCUUUUCAGUGUUCGACUGUCCCCCGCGCAGCAUCUCCAAUAUCCCAUCCACAGGCGCACGCUGCCUCGGCUUCGGCUUUUGGGAGCUUCUCCAAUUCUGUGUAGGGUUUUCCGGCGAUAAUGUUUUCAUGAUCGCAUCUAAAGACUGUGCACGUUUUGGUCUCAAACCCUUCUCAGAGUUUUAUUUCAUUUCAUCAUGUAGACAUGUUCCUUUGAACACACUUUGGUUCUAUACAUUAAGAUAUAUCAUACGUCUCUUAUCCUAUCUCUAUUGUACAUCGUGUUGUACAAUAUCAUCGUCUUCAUCAGCAUUUCCCCCCGCCCCGUCCUUUUUGUCACAGUGAAACCGCAACGAUGGUCGGCUCACCGCCCCUGACAGGCCUCAAAGUCCUUGAGUUCGCCGGUCUCGCCCCGGGUCCCUUUGCCGGAAUGCUCCUCGCCGACGCCGGCGCCUCCGUCCUCCGCAUCGACCGUGCCGUCACAGGCAGCCACACGCCGCUGCCGACCGAGGAUAUGCUGGCCCGCCACAAGGCAUCCGUCGCCGUCGACCUCAAGUCCCCCGCCGGCCUCGCCCUCGUGAAGCGCCUCGCCGCCGAGGCCGACGCGCUCAUCGACCCGUUCCGCCCCGGCGUGCUCGAGAAGCUGGGCCUCGGCCCGGACGUCCUGACGCGGGCGAACCGGGGCCUGGUGUACGCCCGCAUGACCGGGUUCCGCAGGGACGGCCGGUACCGGGACAUGGCCGGCCACGACAUCAACUACCUGGCCGUCUCGGGGGCGCUGAGCCUGCUCGGCCGCGAGGGCGAGAAGCCGUACCCGCCCUGGAACAUCCUCGCCGACUUUGCCGGCGGCGGCGCCGUGCUGUUCCAGGGCAUUCUGAUGGCCCUGCUGGCGAGGGCGGGGAACGGCGGCGCGGGCCAGGUCGUCGAGGCGAACAUGGUCGACGGCUCGUCGUACCUCGCGACUUUCCCGCGGUUCGCGCUCAAGAAUCCGUUGGGCGACAACGGCAGGGGAAGGAACAUGCUGGACGGCGGUUGCCCCUACUACGACACCUACGAGACAAGGGACGGCAAGUACGUCGCCGUCGGCGCGUUGGAGCCGCAGUUCUUCGCGGCGCUGGUGGAGGGGCUCGGGCUGGCCGGCAAGGGGUGGGAGGAGACCAGGUUCGACCGGGGCCGGUGGGGCGAGCUGAGGAGGUUAUUCACGGAGAUCUUCAAGAGCCGGACGAGGAGCGAGUGGGAGGAGGUAUUUGACGGCACCGACGCGUGCUGCACGCCCGUGCUGGAGUACCACGAGCUCGAGACGGACGGCGGGAGGGAAGGGGACCAGCGGCCGGCCGUCGCGCUGGUCGAGACGCCGUGCUUGGCCGUGGACGGGAGCAAGGCGGGAGACCCCAGGCGGGGCCAGGGGCCCGGGGUUGAGGGGGCAGGGUACGUGGGCGUUCCGCUCACGCCCGGCGAGGGCGGCGAGGAGGCGCUCGAGGCGUGGCUCGGGUGGAAGAAGGGGAGCGAGUUUGAAAUCAGAGACGGGGCGUGGGUCCUCAAGGAGAAGGCGAAGCUGUGAUGAUCUGAGGCACGCGGCGACGGUUUGGUAUAUUAUUUUGGCGCAUGGCGCGGUCGUCUUCCGCAACUGACUUCUCUAUCAUGCUGCCUCCUUUUCUAUUUCCUCCCCCUUCUUUUUGGCGCCACCAAGCGUGAUCACCCAACACGCUGUAAGCGAGUUGCUACGUAUGCACAAGCAUGCCCUUCAAACGUAUGAGCCACUGGACCUACGCCAACGGGAUCGAAACUCACUCUUCGUGGGUGAAAUUUUAAUGGUCUCUUGUUAACUCGGGCUUGGCGGCGGGUUCGGUGGUGGUCGAGGGGAGGGAGGAUCUUUCCUCGACAUGUUCUUCAACAGCACCCGAGCCGCUACUCUGUGUAGAUUCAAAGAUGCUAGUAUCAACGUU